AUGGGCAGCAGCUCAUCAAGCCACCAGAAUAAUCAGGAUUUGAUGGACCAUCAUAAUCAAUAUCCAGACAUGAACAUGAUUUUCAAAGGAAUACCUAAGAUGAUUCAGGUGGCAGACGACAUGCAUCGAAUGACAGAUUACAUUAUGGAUCUUCGAAACAUGACUAUUGGUCUUGUAAUAAUCUCUGUCAUAGGAGUAUGUGGAUUUCUUCUACUUCGUUUAGUACAAGGAAGGAGUUCUCAUCGACGACGGAAACGGUCCUUAAUUCGACAUCCAGAAGAAGGUUUUCCACAAGUGAAUCGAUACUACUAUCAAUCUCAGUAUGCUCCGGAGCCGUGGGAACGUCCAAAAUCGACUUUUAGUCAUCAAAGUCAUAUUGAAGAGAAGAAACCAGUAGAAAGCCGUAACAGUCCUUCAGAGAUACGGCCGAACGGCAAUCUUCCGUACAAGAGUUUCAAUAAUGAUGCCCAAAUAUCGCCGGAUGUAGAGAAAAGGCCGACUCCUCCAGUGGAUGUGUCGCCGUACAAGCGAGCUGCCGAUAUUCAACUUUUGGUUGAGAAUCUACCGUAUGCCGAUUCAUGA